AUGGCAGACUUGAAAUACUUCAACUAUGAGAACUACGGCACCUACGCCCUCGAGAAUUUUGCCUAUAACCAGGCUGUGCGCGUGGGCGACAAGAUCGAGCUCUCCGGCCAAGGUGGAUGGGACCCAGUAGCAAUACCACCAACAUUUGCCGCAGACUUGAGAAGCCAGGUUGACCAGGCAUUCCGAAACAUCGACCUCGCGUUGAAGGCCGCUGGCGGUAAAGGUCUCUCACAGGUGUACCGCAUCACCUCGUAUCAUCCCAAGGACUGUGGCAACGCCAUGCCCACGAUGAAGGAGAACCUUAUCAAGUGGUUUCCCGAUCACAAGCCCAUCUGGACAGCGGUGGGCGUGGAAAAUCUAGGCCUACCUGAGAUGCUGGUCGAGAUCGAGGCUGUCGCCUACGAUCCGCAGGGUGCUGCUGCUGGGAGGCCGGAGGAUUGGCUCUAG